AUGUUACUUCUUGGGGGCACGAUUGGCACGGAGAUGUUUGCUGGCACUGGUGAAGCAUUGGCAAUUGCUGGACCGGCUCCGCUACUGGGCGUGUACAUCGUCAUCUGCAUUCUCGUAUACGGCGUUAUCACGGCCACCAGUGAAAUGUCCACGUUUGUGUCACGCAGCUUAUGGUUCGCCCUGGGGUGGCUGUACUUCUACUCGUUCGCCAUUCUUGUCGCGUACGAGAUCAUGGCGGCUGGUCUAGUUUGA